AUGUCAAACGCAGCCGGCGCGAACCAGCCCCUCCCUGCUGAACUCGGCAAGCACCUCGAGGACAGCUUGACGCAUCUCGUCGAUUCCAGCAAACCGAGUGCUGUGCCCAAAACUGCCGAAGGUGCAGCAGAUACGGAGCAUCCCAACGAUGCGAUCCAUGUAGCUCCGAAGAAGGGCCGGAGCUGGAUUGCUCAUUUGUUCCCAAAUCAGGAGACCGUCCACAAUCUAUUCGCAAUGGAGCACCUAGGAAACUACGUCAUUGACAGGACAUCAGGCAAGAAAGUCUUUGAAGCAAUGCCACUCUAUGUCCGAGUCGGGAUGCACCUUCUCUUCAUCACCGGUAGCGGAUAUCUGACCUACCCCUCUAUCGAGAGCUUGCUCGAGAACCAGUCCAUCAAGCAAGGAGAGCUGUACGAUCAGACAGGGGACGACGUCUUACCGCACAUCCAAAGCUUUAUCAACACGUAUCAGCUCCCGCUUGACGAGCUGCUUGUGUCAGACUUGACGAAGUACCCGACCUUUAACGCCUUCUUCUCUCGCCGACUGAAAGCUACCGCUCGGCCUAUAACCUCCCCCUCCGACCCACUCAUCAUCACCUCUCCAGCAGACUGCCGGCUGACCGUCUUCUCAUCGGUCGACCAGGCCAAGAAGCUCUGGAUCAAAGGACAAGAGUUCUCUAUCCAGUCUUUGCUCGUCGGGGACGAUAAGGCCGACAAGAGCUUUUCGGCGCUCACAGAGGACCCGGGCUGCUCGAUCGCAGUCGCGCGGUUGGCGCCGCAGGACUAUCACCGGUACCACUCGCCUGUCGAGGGGACUGUCGUAUCAAUUAAGGAUAUCCAUGGCGAACUCUACACGGUGAAUCCCCAAGCGGUCAAUGAGAAUCUUAACGUGUUCACCAGGAACAAGCGCUCCAUUAUGCUCAUCCACGCCAACCUGGGACCUGGUCGGGAAGAGGUCCCAAUAGCGCUGGUAUCAGUCGGCGCGAUGCUGGUCGGUAGUAUCGGCUGGUCCAAGAAACCCGGAGAUAAGAUAUUGAAGGGUGAAGAGUUGGGCUGGUUCCAGUACGGUGGCUCCACCAACAUCGUCGUUUUCCCCUCUUCCGCAGGCAUCCAAUUUGACCAAGACCUCUGCGCCAAUUCGGAAGCCAGCGUCGAGACUGUAGUCAGGGUCGGUAUGGAGAUUGGCGCCAUCACAAAACAGUAG